UCCAAAAACUGCAAUAUUACUUUAGACAGAUUCGAAUCUUAACGAUAACACUGUGACGAUUGCAACAUCGCCACGUUUAUAUCUUUUAACCGCUCCACGGUGAUAGGUGGCACUGUUUAGCAAAUGGUCGCUUCAGAAACAACAGAAGAAGAACGUAGGGUCCCUUACUCAGAAGGGCGUCCUUCGACUACGAAGUGCACUUCAUGGUAUCUAUGAACCCCUCAUCGAAAUGGAGUUCCAGGACCAUGCUUAUACGAAUACAACACACGACAGAGCUAACCGUGCGGAUUUUGUUCACAAAUUUAACGCAAAGGAAACCGAAGAAUUUGUGAAGCUGAGGGUGUCAAAUAAUUUCCUCUUCUCUGGAAAGAAAAACACAGCCUUGUGUGCAUGGAGGGCCAUCAUCAGGCAUAUGGGCUUGCAAGAUAAGAUUACCCACCGACAAGCCUCCAAAAAAUGGGAAAACCUGCGUAAAAAAUACAAAGUACUCAAGGACCAAGACCAUCGGGACAAAUGGCCUCACUUCAACCUGAUGAAUGAUGCCAUGGAGGGCAGGCUGGGAGGCAGUGCCCCCAUUUUGGGAAUAUCCCCUGAGGAUAAAGGCCAUUUCUCCUCUGUCUCUAAGGUCAAGAAAAGCAGGACAAGCACAAGGACGAGCUCUCCUGUUAAAUUUCAGAAUGGAGACGCGGAAAUUGAGGUUAAGCUGAAUGGGGACGAGGCUGAAGAGGAGGAGGAGGAUGACGGGAUGGAGGGCAGCACAGACUUCAACAGCAUCCACCAAGACCAGGAUGUGGAGAGGCGUUCCAUGGAGCAGGAGCACCUGGCUCUGCAGCGAGACCGAGCCCUGUUGGACCGGGAGAUCGCCAUCCUGGAGCGGGACCGAGCCCUGCUGGAGCGCGAGAGGCUGCUGAUCGAGAGGGAAACGGCAGCGCUGAAGCAGGAGAAGGAGAUUGUGGAGAGAGAAAAGGAGCGGCUAGCCUUGGACCGACGGAAAGUCGCGGUGGGGGGUAACCCCGAGGCUUCCUCGCAGGGGACGGCGGAGGACGACGGCUCUAAGGACAGGAGGGAACGCUUCCUGCGGUUGUUAGAAAAACUUAUUGACAGCAUGUGACGGGACGGCGUGUUUGUUGAACUCAAUCCGCUCCAGUUCUUUUUUCAUUCGGUUGCGAAAUCAAUCAGACACGCUUGCAUUUUCGUACACGUUCUCAAUAAUAAUAAUAAUAAUAAUAAUAAUAAUAAAAAUGUUCCCGGAGAGGUCAAAACAACUUUAUUGACUUGUGGUUAUUCCAUACAGAGCACACAAUAGCAAGCUGUUAGCAUUGUUAUUCACAUCUCUCCUCCCAAAUAAUUCAACAAUUCUCUAGACCGGGGGUG